CACACGUUCAGAGUCCAUAAAACAAACAGGUAAACUGACAUACGCCCGCCCAGUCUUAUCUACAACAGCCCCAGCGCUCGACCUAUUAGAUUCAGGUCUGUUGAUCUGUUGUAAAAAGGGUUGAUUUACAUCGUAGUUUUCAUACCCAGAUCUUAAAGUAUCUUACAUUUGAGUGUUUUCAGGAUGAGAAUCUUUCUAAAACAGUGGAUCUGAUAGAUUGACGUUUCUGUUUGAUUGGCAGAAGAAGAAAUUACAGAAAUUAAUUUAAAACCAACAUUUCAACCUCUUUUCUUAUGUGAGACUACAGAUGUCAAACCAUUCAACAUUUAGCUCUAAUAACUGGAUUUCUUUCAGCUGAAUUGUGGCUUGCUUUCAGUUUCUUUGUUAAUGUUUAACACAUGAAUAAAAGGCUGCACUUUGAUCCAGUUGCCAGGCGGUUUACCACCAUCAUUAUAAAAUACUACAGCAGCAAUCACAUCUGAGGGCAGUGAACCAGGAGCUUCUUUAUUGUUGUAGUAAGCUGAUAGAAAGACGACUGAUCUCCAGCAGGGGGCAGAGUGGGACCUCUUAUUCAAGUUAGCAUCAGCCCACAGCAGCUUCACCCAACAGGACAAAUCACUGAAGAGUCUUUUUCUGUUAAAGGUCAAAGGUGAAGCUCCAGCUUCUGAUGAUAGCAACCUGUAAAGUUCAUCUGAUGGCAGAAUGUAUUGUUUGCAGGAAAAUGAACAUCAUUGUAGUUUAGGUUGUGUUCGUCGCUUUCUGCAGCAGUGUUGGUGCCACUGCAGGGAGAUACCAAAGUCAGAAUGUAGUGUCUUACAGGAGAGGAAACCUUCAGUAUGGUUUCUGAUACUCAGGUGUGCACACAGAGAACAUGUGUGGCUGCAGGGUGUUGUAGAAACUGAGACGACCUGCACAGGAAGAGGAAGUUCUCAGCUCAGUGUAUUUAGUGUGAGUGCAGUCUGAUGCUCAGACAGGAGGAAGGCGACAUGGAGGUCAGAGCUCUCUGCUUCAGACUGUUGAUAAAUGUGUUGAUGCUGCUGGUCACACAUGUGCAGCAAGGUUAUCCUCAGACAUCUGAUGCAGAUUUUCACAUGGUUCCAUCCAGACUGCAGCUCUUUCAAUAUGAAUCAGUCUCUUUUACCUGUCAGGGGUUUAAUGACCCAGCAGGAUGGAGAGUGAGAAAUGUCAAUGAUAUCACUCCUAAAUGUUUGAAUGGUGCAGCGCCAUCAACAGUGACCUGCACCAUUGACUAUGCCUUUAAAUCAGACAGUGGAGGAUACUGGUGUGAAGGUGGAGGAGGACGGAGAAGCAACUCUGUCAACAUCACUGUCUCUGAAGGUCAUGUGGUCCUGGAGAGUCCUGUUCUUCCUGUGAUGGAGGGAGCAGCUGUGACUCUGCGCUGCAGAAGCAGGAACCCUUCCUCCAACCUCACAGCUGAUUUCUAUAAAGACAGCCUCCUCGUUGGGACCAGCCCGACAGGAAACAUGACUAUUCAAAAUGUUUCCAAGUCUGAUGACGGCUUCUACAAGUGUAAAAUCUCUGGAGCUGGAGAGUCAGCAGAGAGCCAACUGAUGAUCAGAGCUGUGGCUCCAAACCCCACAGUUGGGUCUGUCGUCUCUGGAGCUGGAGAAUCAGCAGAGAGCCGGCACACAGUCAAAGUGAGGAUCCCAAAGACUGACGGCUCGGUGAAACAAAGUGAGAACUCAAACACACAACACACAGACAGAAAAGCACCUCGCAGAGGGGUUUUUUUCCCUCAUCCUUACUACAUCCUGCUGUGGGCCAUUAUCUCUGUUGUGCUGUUUCUGCAGCUGCUGGUGAUUGGACUGCUCUACUGGAAGAAACAACUAGUCUUACUACAGGUCAAGCUGAGUGAUCCAAACAAGGACAUGUACACUGUCGUCAAAAAAGAUAAGAAAAAGAAACGUAAAAAAGAUGCUGCAGAUGCUGCUGAUAAUUUGAGCAUCUGUCUUGAGACAAACCACAGCAGAGACCCACAGACAGAAAAAGAUCAAGAUGAAUUCCCGCCUCUGUCUUUUCACUCCACCUUCACUGUUGAAGACACACAGAAUCAACAAAAUGAAUCAGGGACAUCCAGCUUCUCCGAUUCAGAGUUUCCCUCACCUCCUACAGAUCCAUCUUUAUCAGAUCAGGAGCUUCAGUACUCUUCCAUCCAGUACGACUGAGGGUCACUGAGCACAGAGAGUGAAGAAGGAGGGAAAUAAACUUCACAGUGUUGUAACAUUAACUGAGAGUUUGUUACCAUUCAGUAAAAACUGUAAUGCUUUGUAGAUAUUUACAAGAAUGUUAUCUGUCAAAUAAUUUUAAUAGGUGUUUGGUUGAAUAUUGAAUCACAUCAGCUGCACAGUAAACAUUUUGCCAUCUCUUCAACAAGUUAAACAACAGCAGUCACAGUUUGUCCACAUUGAUAUGUUUUAAAACCUCAGGUACAGCAUCUUUUAUUUGAACUGGCCUGGUUGCUGACUGGCCUGGCUGUUAUUAACAGUGAUAUGGUGCCAACGUUGUUGAAUUUAAUGAAGGAAUGUAGUGAAGAUGUAUGAUAAAGCGAGAAUAAAGCAGUAACCUAAAUAAAUAACUCUGCUGUUGGAGAAAAGGUUGUUGACUGUUAAAAGGUGUCUUAACCUGUCAGUUACAUGUUUUACAUGGUCUGUUAACUCUGUGUUUGUGUUCACAAUAAAAGUUGUCUUAUUUCA